GUCCGAUUCCCUUUAUAAGUGGGAGUAAACAACAAAGAAAUGGCUGCUAAAACAAUGGAGAAAAUAGUGGGAAGUGUGUAUUUGGUGUUUGCUGUUAAUGGAGUACGAUUUGAGAUUCCUGCUAUUCAUCCAUCUACUACUUUACUCCAGUUUUUACGUACCAACACUCCUUUCAAAAGUGUCAAACUUGGAUGUGGAGAAGGUGGUUGUGGGGCUUGUGUUGUGCUGCUAUCAAAAUAUGAUCCUGUACAUGAAAAAGUCGAGGCUUAUACAAUUAAUUCUUGCCUUACACUUCUUUGUAGUAUCCAUGGCUGUUCUGUUACCACAAGCGAAGGUAUUGGAAAUCAAAAACAAGGUUUUCAUUCAAUCCAACAGAGACUUGCUGGCUUCCAUGCCUCUCAAUGUGGUUUUUGUACUCCUGGAAUGUGUAUGUCUCUCUUUUCAGCCCUUAUUAAUGCUGACAACAGUAAUGAAUCACAACCCCCUCCUCCUCCUGGCUUCUCUAACCUGAAGCUUUCUGAGGCAGAGAAGGCUAUAGCUGGAAACCUCUGUAGAUGUACUGGUUAUCGCCCUAUUGUCGAUGCUUGCAAAAGCUUUGCAGCAGAUGUCGAUAUUGAGGAUCUUGGAUACAAUGCCUUUUGGCAAAAGGAGGAGAGUAAGGAUAUCAAGAUGCUGCCUGUUUAUGAUCCGAGUAGUCAAAUGUCGACAUUUCCUGAUUUUUUAAAGGAUGAAAUAAAGCGUAAUAUGCAAUUGGAAUUGGGAAAAUGUUCUUGGUUUACCCCUUUUAGUAUAGAGGAACUCCACAACAAGUUGCAGUGGUGUGACUCCAAUAAUGUUGGUAGUGUGAAAUUAGUUGUUAGUAAUACAGGCACUGGUUACUAUAAGGAAUUAGAAGGCAGUGACACAUACAUAGAUCUAAGGUACAUUCCUGAGCUUUCUGUUGUUAAAAGGGAUUCUAAAUGCAUCCAUAUUGGAGCUGCUGUGUCAAUAUCUAAGGCUAUUGUUGCACUGAAAGAGGGAAGUUUUACAGUGUUUACGAAAAUUGCUGCCCAUUUUGAGAAAAUUGCUUCUGGGUCUAUUAGAAAUUCAGCAAGUAUAGGUGGGAAUUUAGUUAUGGUGCAAAGACAUGGGUUUCCUUCCGACAUUGCUACUGUUCUCCUAGCUGUUGAUUCUAGUGUGGAGGUAGUACGAAGCUCAAAAAGGGAGACCAUAAAAUUGGAGGAGUUCUUGGUAUCGCCUCCUUUAGAUUCAAAAAGUGUAAUGUUGAGUGUCCAAAUUCCGAUUUGGGAACCGUCAUCGAGAUCAAAUUGUGAACUUAUGUUUGAAACCUAUAGAGCAGCACCUCGUCCUCUAGGGAAUGCAUUGCCUUAUCUAAAUGCUGCUUUUUUUGCUGAAGUUUCUCCCUGCAAAUCUGCUGAUGGAAGCUUUAUGGUGAACAAGAUCCGGCUGGCUUUUGGUGCAUAUGGAACUAAGCAUGCUGUACGGGCUAAAGAAGUUGAGGGAUUUUUAGCUGGAAGAUAUGUCAACCUUGAGGUUCUCUGCAAGACACUGAAUUUAGUUCAAGCUACGGUGGUGCCUAGGGACGAUAUUUUUUCACAUGUUUCUUACCGAAAAAGUUUAGCUGAGGCAUUUGUUUUUGAGUUUCUGUACUCUUUGGUUGAUACUGACUCAAAACUUUCUAGUUUGGAUGUGAAUGGCUACAAUAAUUCCCAGUCGGUAACAGGGCGCAGAGUGAAAGAGGACACUAGCCAACCUAUGAUAUUACCUGCUACGCAGGUAAUUCUUCCCAGCACGGAGCAUCAUCCCGUGGGAAAGCCCAUUAGCAAAACUGGAGCUGCUCUCCAGGCAUCUGGUGAGGCUAUAUAUGUUGAUGAUAUUCCUUCUCCGAAGGAUUGCCUUUAUGGAGCAUUUGUAUACAGCACGAAGCCAUUGGCAAGAGUAAAUUGUGUGAGAUACGAGUCCGAAUCAUCUCUGGAUGGAGUUGCUGCCAUUAUUUCCUAUAAAGAUAUCCCACAUGGAGGAAGCAAUAUAGGAGCCAGUUUUAUUGGGGAUGAUGUAUUAUUUGCCGAUGAAUUCACAAGGUGUCCCGGUCAACGCAUUGCACUAGUCGUUGCAGAUACACAGAGGCGUGCAGACACUGCAGCAGCUAAAGUAGUAGUUGACUACGAUGUCGAAAAUUUAGAGCCACCAAUUUUAACUUUCGAAGAUGCAGUGGAGAGAUGUAGCUUUUUUGACAUUCCACCUCACUUUUGCGCCAAACCAGUGGGUGAUAUAGCCAAGGGCAUGGCCGAAGCUGAUCAAAAGAUUCUUUCUGCUGAGAUCAGACUCCCAUCACAGUACUUUUUCUAUAUGGAGACGCAAACUGCCCUUGCUAUUCCAGAUGAAGAUAACAGCAUGGUGGUUUAUAGUUCUACUCAAUUUCCAGAAAUUACACAUUCUGUGAUUGCUCGUUGCCUUGGAGUUCCUGAAAACAAAAUUCGUAUCAUCACAAGAAGGGUAGGAGGCGGGUUUGGAGGAAAGGCAUUAAAAUCUAUGCCGGUUGCAACAGCAUGUGCUCUAGCAGCACGAAAGCUUGGUCGUCCUGUUAGGAUGUAUCUCAAUCGCAAAAGUGAUAUGAUAAUGGCCGGGGGAAGACAUCCGAUGAAAAUCACUUACAACGUGGGAUUUAAAUUAGAUGGAAAGGUUACCGCGUUACAUCUUGAUAUUUUGAUUGAUGCGGGUAUGUCAGAAGAUCUUAGUCUAUAUCUAUCGUUAACCAUAGGAUCAACCCUCAAGAAGUAUGACUGGGGUGCUUUAUCUUUCGACAUGAAAUUCUGCAAAACAAAUAAUACAAGUAAGAGUGCAAUGCGAGCUCCUGGAGAGUUACAAGGAUCAUUUAUAGCUGAAGCUGUGCUUGAACAUGUAGCUUCUACCCUUUCGAUGGACGUUGAUGUUGUUCGAUACAAAAAUUUCCACACAUACAAUACCUUAACUUCAUUCUAUCCAGAUGCUUCCGGAGAUCCGGGUGAAUAUACUUUGCCCUUAAUUUGGGAUAAACUGGCUUCAUCUUCAAGUUAUGAACAGAGGAAAGGGUUAAUAAAGAAGUAUAACGACAAUCAUAAAUGGUGUAAAAGGGGCAUUUCCAGGUUACCCGUCAUUUAUAGUGUCUUACAGACACCAAUCCCUGGUAAAGUGAGCAUACUUUCAGAUGGAUCUAUUGCUGUUGAAGUCGGAGGGAUCGAGAUUGGCCAAGGUCUAUGGACCAAAGUAAAACAGAUGGCUGCAUUUGCUCUGAGUUCACUUAACAGUACUGGAAGUGAUGAGCUAUUUGAUAAGAUAAAAGUAGUACAAGCAGAUACUUUAAGCAUGGUACAAGGGGGAUUAACUGCUGGAAGCACUACUUCUGAAUCUAGCUGUGAAGCUGUUAAGAUUUGCUGCAAUAUAUUAGUGGAAAGAUUAACCCCUCUCAAGGAGAAAUUGCAACAAGAGAAAGGCUCUACUAACUGGGAAAAACUCAUUUCUCAGGCUCGCUUGCAAUCGGUGAACUUGUCUGCUAGUGCUUAUUUUGUACCUGAUUCUGGUUCCAUGCGGUAUCUAAACUACGGAGCUGCUGUUAGUGAGGUAGAGCUGAAUCUUCUUACAGGAGAAACUACUAUAUUGCAAUCAGACAUCAUUUAUGACUGUGGACAGAGUCUUAAUCCUGCAAUUGAUCUGGGGCAGAUCGAAGGGGCAUUUGUUCAAGGUAUCGGCUUUUUCAUGCUGGAAGAGUACCUAACCGAUCAUGAUGGUAUGGUGGUUUCGGAUAGCACAUGGACAUAUAAGAUCCCAACAAUUGAUACCAUACCAAGACAACUUAAUGUUGAAGUCAUGAACAGCGGAUAUCAUCAGAAGCGCAUUCUUUCUUCCAAAGCAUCUGGGGAGCCUCCAUUAGUGCUAGCAGCGUCAGUUCACUGUGCAACACGAGCAGCCAUCAAAGAUGCCAGAAGGCAACUUGCUUCUUGGGGUGGUUUCGAAGGCCAAAAUUAUGAUCUGUCAUUCCAACUAAGUGUCCCGGCUACCAUGCCUGUGGUCAAGGAGCUUUGUGGCCUCGACAUUGUUGAGAGGUAUUUGAACAGCUCAAUUGCCAAUGGAAGUACAGCUGAUAAGCAGUAGCUUGGUAUGCGUUUGCAUUGUGAAUCUGAACCUGUCUAGAAUUUUACAAAGUUAUGUUAAUGCAUAAAGUGUAGUUGUGUUACCAAUAGAAAUAAUAAUGCAAAUAAAGAAUACAAAUAACUAGUUUUUUGUAUUUCCAUUGUAUGGAUGACAAUAGGUGGCUUCGUUGAUCACUAAAUGAACAGAGAUUGAAGAUUGGUGUGCGGCAUUAAGUCACUCCAACAAAUUCUAUCUUUAAUGACAUAUAUUUAGCGACAUUUGAUCU